AUGGCGGGCCGCGACACUUUCCAGCUGCGUUUCGCGGCUGUCGCGGCAUCCGCCGCCGUAUUGGUCUUCCUCAUCUCCGGAGAAGUCGCGGAGGCGUCGCGUAUGAUGAACAUCUGCUCUCACACCGCGUAUCCGUCCCUGUGCCGGCCUUUGGUGAAGCGUAUCUCGAACCCGAGAAAAGCCACGCACCGAACCAUCCAGGCUUUGGAGGUACAGACGAGACUGGCUCUGACCGAGGCGGCUUUGUUCAAGGACGGCAACAACGCGAUCGCCACGUGUUACUCGACGCUGAGCGACGCCGUUUUCAACUUGGCGAGCGCGAGGAAGAGCAUAAGGAAACGCGAUGUGAUGGGGAUGAACACGUUUCUGACCGCGGCUGUGUCUGACUACGGCACGUGCGUCGACGCGUUUAUUGAGACGAAGCAGGUUAAUACGGUUCAGAAUAAAGCGGUUGACCUGAGAAAAAUUGGCAGCAAUUGCUUGACGUUGUCUACAUUGAUUAGUUGA